CCCUGCCGCGGCCAUGGCCAGUGACAGCGGCGGGCCCGGCGCGCUGAGCGCCAGCGAGCGCGACCGGCAGUACUGCGAGCUGUGCGGGAAGAUGGAGAACCUGCUGCGCUGCGGACGCUGCCGCAGCUCCUUCUACUGCUGCAAGGAACACCAGCGCCAGGACUGGAAGAAGCACAAGCUGGUGUGCCAGGGCGGCGAGGCCCCCCGCGCGCAGCCCGCGCCGGCGCAGCCCCGCGUCGCGCCCCCGCCCGCUGGGGCCCCCGGAGCCGCGCGCGCCGGCAGGGCGGCCCGGCGCGAGGACAGCGCGGCGGCCUCGCGCGUACCGGGCCCGGAGGACGCGGCGCAGGCCCGGAGCGGCCCCGGCCCGGCUGAGCCCGGCUCCGAGGAUCCUCCUCCGGCUAGUCGGUCUCCGGGCCCGGAGCGCGCUAGCCUGUGCCCAGCGGGCGGCGGCCCCGGGGAGGCGCUGAGUCCCAGCGGUGGGCUGCGGCCCAACGGGCAGACCAAGCCGCUGCCCGCGCUGAAGCUGGCGCUGGAGUACAUCGUGCCGUGCAUGAACAAGCACGGCAUCUGCGUGGUGGACGACUUCCUGGGCAGGGAGACCGGGCAGCAGAUCGGCGACGAGGUGCGCGCCCUGCACGACACCGGCAAGUUCACGGACGGGCAGCUGGUCAGCCAGAAGAGUGACUCUUCCAAGGACAUCCGGGGGGACCAGAUCACCUGGAUCGAGGGCAAGGAGCCCGGCUGCGAGACCAUCGGCCUGCUCAUGAGCAGCAUGGACGACUUGAUCCGCCACUGCAGCGGGAAGCUGGGCAACUACAGGAUAAACGGCCGAACGAAAGUAAGUGGCUGGGGCUCGCGUCCGAAGGAGGGUCUGUGAGGACCGCCCCCGCCCCCGCAGACCUGGGGCCGGCGCUCUGCUUCAGCGUGGCUCCUUUUGUCCCUGUAGUAGCCACGGUGUGGACCCUGCCGGAGCCCUGGUCACGCAUGGGGGAGGCGUUAGGGUACCGGCCACCUCGGGUCUGGGUG